CGUUGCAUUUUUUGUUUGGGAAAAUAGCGAAUGGCUCGACCCGCUACUCACUGCCGCUGAUUUUCUCUUUCAAUUUUGUGUUCCACGCUGAAUUUUAAGUUCCACAGAACGGGUUGGAGGUGUACCCGAGGUUUUUGAAAAUACUGUGCAAAUGAGUGAUCUAAAAGAAAAACACAAAGAGAUGGUUUAAAAUCAGACAGAAAAUCAUGAUGGCUGCGCCUUUCGCUGGAAAAGUGGAGGCAGGAGGUGCUCCGCCGCCGCCUAAGCCACCAGUUCCUGCGGGGUCGAGCAGUGGCGAGGCACGCAGCAAAAAAUGGCAGAUGGAAAUGCUGAUGGAGAAGCUCCGCUCAAAAUCAAAUCAGUACAAAUCCUUCUCGGACAACGCCAAGGCCCUAAAACUGUGUUUGCUGGACAAGAGGUAUCCAAUGGACCUGAUAGAGCGGCAGCAGAUGCAAAAGUGCCUGGACACCUUACAGCAUUCUUUCAAGGUCACCUCUUUACAGUCGAUGGUGGAGAGGCUGGGCAGUGUUACCAGACAGCUCGGACUAAAAUUUAUGUCCGGACUGUCUGGAACUGACUGGUUUAUAUCUUCGGACAUGUUCUACAUGGAGGUUGUGUUGGAGCCCAAUGGUUCUGUGAAAGACGUGAAAAUCCAUCACGAAGGGACGGUCGAACAGCAGAGUUGUGAAGAGGUAGUCAAUUGUCUGGCACGUGGAGAUUUUGCUGAUUUUGCUAAGCAACUGGAGAGCUUGGCGGCAAUUUAUCAGCUGAAUGCUGAUAAAAAGCAGAAGGGAAAGGUCUUCCAGGCGUUGCAGAGUCUGGAAACCGACCUGAUGACCCUGGCUGAAAUCCAGUCUUUUAUCAAAGAGCCCCACAACCUGGUACACAAGUCUCCAGUAGGAAUUUUGGAGAAGAGGAAAGGAGGGCACGCAAUGAGACUGACGUACUUUGUUUCACCUUAUGAUUUGUUGGACGAAAAGACUCGCACCUCUAUUCACAUGUCUGUGGAAAAUGUAAUUUCGAAAAAGCUCGGACAGAGCGUUGAAGUUUGCAACGAAGCGAGCGCACACUCUACUUACCACAAGUUGCCAGUAAACCCGCUCAUCACCAUAACAACCUCUGCAAAUGGCAAAAGGUCGCCUGCCUACGCCAAUUUAGGAAGUCAAAAUUCAGCCUCUCUGCCAGCCACGUUGGUUCUUAGGCUGUGCAAGCCAAUGCCCAUGUGUGCCACUUUGGUCAAGAAUCUGCAGCAGAUCACUGAAGUCGAAUGUGGCGAUCUUUCGACUCAGCAUCCAGUGCUGUCUCAAAUCACCAAAAGCUGCUCCUCCGGGUCUUUGGACAGUGCCAACAACAAAGGCCUUUUUGUGACCCUGCCUGACCAGAAUCACUGCUACUUCCUCACCGAGAGCAAGGGAUUGAAUGCUGUCAUGGUGCAGAACAUUCCGUUCACUCAUCCAACGCAUGUUCCUCAGAUUCUGUCCCUUCUGAGACAACAAGCUCUCUUCAACACCCUGGUUGAAAGUUGCGUUCGUCCGUCGAGCAAAAGCGACCUCAAAGACCUGCACAUAUUCGAGGUCUCGGCGCUUUCUAAUCAGCAGCUGUCGGUCACUUUUGAGCACCCCGUGGAGGAAGCAAUGGCCACUGUUGAGAUGGACCUGAGUGACAUCUGCAACGUCCGGUGUCGCCUCUAUGGACCACUUUCUGAUGACCUCAACAUUGCUGAUUUUGCCAGUAAAGUUAUGCAAAGGAGCCUCUCGAUUCCCAUUACGAUGCGCGCGCUCAUCCAAAAGUGGCAGCACCAGGCCGCCGAGUCUUCUAACUCAAACUUUGGUCUGAGCAUCGGAAACUUCAGCACUGAUUCCAUGCAGAGCAAAUUGCUGCCGGAUUUUGAGUGCAAGCCUGUGGCCAGGUCGAGCGAUUCUACGUCAGCAGGAGGCUCGCACAGCCACAUGAUUGGCCACCUUGGCUACCAGGCGGGCAUGAGCACUUCACCGGAGUCGUUUUUUCCAUCGCAGAUUACAGUGGAGCCCAUCGUGGGGCCGCCCAAGACCUCUCCGCUGCUGCUCAACAUGAUGGGUGACCAAAAGAGCAAAAAGAGGCGCCGGUCCAAGGUGGGGGACGCAGGCUGGACGGGAAGAAGUCCAAAGCGCAAACUUAGCACCGAGGAGGAUGCCAGCGAGGACACGCAGGGCAGUUACGACUCAAUGGGCGUCACGCCAGCAGAAGCCAUGGACUUCUUGGACGACGCUCUUGGCGACUCAAAUGCUGCCGAAGCGUUUGUUUUUGAAGACGAGUCCCAGGCAUCUGCGGACAGCAGCGAUGAGCUGCGGCGCAAGAUGAAACGCGCCCGACUCGAGGGCAGGAAGAACUCGGCCUCCUCGUCGGAUUCAAAAAACUCGUCAGAUAACCACCAGGCUUUCGACAUCAGUGUGGAGGGAAAAUCGAGCCUGGUGGGUCCCUCCGUGAGCAUCACUCCCAUCGCGACGCCCACUGAGCCGCCCAUUUCCACCGUUUUGGGCAACAUCGGGGGCUCUCUGGACAAGCGAUCGGGCAUUGAGAUAAUUCCGCUAGGCACUGGAACGCCGACGCUCCCUAGUUCCAUCACCAUCACGCCGAUCAAAACUGAGGAACGGCAGAAGGAGAGGAGCAGGGACGAAAAGUCGAAGAGCAGGGACAAGCGACCGGACGAUAAAAAGUCGGAGAAGAAGAAAAAACGACACCGUGAUGAAGACGGCAGUGUUGACGCAGGCAAGUUGAUGGGGCCGCCGCAAGUGCCUGGCAAGGAGAAGCCCAGAUCUGAGAGCAAAUCUCCCAAGCCGUUGGUGUCGCCCUCCAACUCACCGCCUCUGCAGCGCAAGUACCCGACAUCGCCGACACCUCAUCUGCCGCCAAGCAGCGGCAGCUCGUCGCUCAAGCCCCAAAUAUCUCUGGUGAAAACUCCGACGAGUCCCACUCACAAGAUCAAGUCGCACAGCAACAGCCCCAAACACUCAGGCAGCAGCUCAAGCUCAUCGUCACCCAUCUACGGAAGCCCAAAGCACUCGGCCGUCAGCCCGAAACACUCAAGCCCAUCCCCGAAAUCGAGUUCGGGAAAGCCGAGCAUGUCCACUCUCAAGGGAAGUCUUACAAAGUCUAGCAGUAGCAGUGGAAGCAGCAGCAGCAGCAGCAGCAGUGACCCCAACAGAGUAAAAAAGGACAAAGAUAAAAAGUCUUCGUCUUCUUCCUCGUCGAGCAGCAGCUCGUCGAGUCCAAAGACGAAAUCCUCAUCAUCCUCCUCCUCGUCCUCGUCUUCCUCAUCCAAGGGGAAGCAGGAUUUUGGGUUGAGCGGAGGGGAUGCACCCCCGUCAGCGGGGCAACCACCGACGACAUCUUCUCAGAAGGUGGUGCCCUCGCUGCUGGACUUGGACCCAGCAGUGGUGGUGACAUCCAUGCACAGCAAGCAAGGGACGCUGGCGUCCGACUACUCGGCGGGGUCUCCGCCUCCUCAGUCGGGCCCUGGAGCAGCCAGCCUCUCAGCAACCUCCGCGCAGGACCCACAGAGCUCCUCCAAGUGCCCCCUGCAGGCACGCAGCCGCAAGGGCUCGCUCUCGGCUGUGAUCGACAAAUUGAAGUCGGCGCAAACGUCGCCGCCGCCGGACCUCGAGAGAGCCCAUUCUGACAAGCCCAAGAGCUCGAGCUCGUCGCAGAAGUCCUCCUCGGAGAGCAAGAACGGAAUCAAGAAUUCGGAGUACAUGGUCAAGUCUAGUUCGGAAGGCAUCAAGAUCACGAUCAACAAGACCAAGAAGGAGUCCAAGUCGUCGUCAUCCUCAAAAUCCUCCUCGUUGCCUUCCUCUCCAAAACACACUGGUCUCAAACCAGGCGUCAUCAGCGGCCCCGCAUCCAAGAAGCCCCUGCACAAGUCCAACUCGUCGUCUUCUUCCUCCUCAUCCAACCGCACCUCCAGUCCAUCCAGCAAGUCCAAAGACAGCCUCAGUCCAAGCACUUCCAAGUCAUCCUCCUCGUCGUCAAAGUCGAGCUCGCCUAAACCCAACAGCAGCUCGUCAGACAAGCAGCGCUCCAAGGACAAAAGCCGCCUCUCCAGCCCUUCCACCUUCAAGGAAGACUCUGACGCCGAGAGGGCUUUCCGCUUGCUCGCCACGCACUCAAAGCUGGACAUCGAGAUGCCGAAGCUGGACCCCAAGUUUCAAAUCCCGAAACUGUCUCGCUCAGAGAGUAAAGAGGAGAAAAAGGAGAAGGUGCUCGAGCCCAAGGUGGAGCUCAAGAAGCUGGACGACAAACCACCCACGAUCGUGCCCAACAACAUCAAGAUGGUUCCCGUGGUUGCCCUGCCGAUGCUCUCGUGCGCCGACACACCUCCCAAGAUCCUGCCAGACAGGGACGGCCCGAAAUCCGGAGAGCAGGAAAUGCCAGACCUCAGCGAGCCGAGUCCUCCGCCACCGAAACUGCCCGUCGAGGUGCCCAAGGACUGCGACUCGGACGACAGCUCGCCCGGCCUACUCAUCGAUUUCUCAGUGGACAAGAAGGGCGCGAUCAAGGGCUCACCUCCGCCGCCUCCCUUGCCGCCUAUGGUGGCCAAAUCGCCUUUGCCAGUGCACUUACCGCCUGUUCUGUCACCCUCAGUGUCGGUGCACAUCGUCAAGUCACCUGCCCCAGUGUCCUCUCCGCUCAUCCUCCCUUCGCCCCACUCUUCGCAACCCUCACCCUGCAUCACAGACGACGAACUGAUGGACGAAGCUCUUCUUGGGCUUAAAAAUUAAGCCUAUGUUGUCUUGUUUUAACCAGUAAUUAUAUUAUUAUUUUAUUAUGUACACAAGCGUCAAUAAAUCGAUUUGAAAGUAUCACAAA